AAUGUAAUAUAUUCAAUGGCUGACGCAGAACUUCGAAGAAGGCGCACGGCAGAUGGGCUGAUCGAAGAAAAGUCUUCAGAUGUGAAGCUGGGAAUGGAAGACGAAGAAGUGGAGCGCAAACAGCUGGGGCAAAAAAAGUCAAUGGAAGUGGAUCCAUUGCUUACAGAAGUAAUCAAUCAUAUUCAAAGGAUUGGAUUUCAUAUUACUGCGUUGUUUGUGUUUUAUCUGUUGGGACGCAUGGGUUUGGUAUGGACGACUUUGUUGCUGUCAAUUGUAGGAUAUUAUCUGAUUGUCAAAAUGGAUUCAAUCAAGAAGAAACUUUCGUUCCUUUUGCACUUUGUACAACCCAAAGACACUGAUAACGUAAGAGAGCAUCAUAUUACAAGUCGACCUAGAGAUCUGCCGAGGUGGGUUCGGUUUCCUGACGAAGAAUCGGUCCAUUGGCUGAAUAACAUAAUCCAAGCAUUGUGGCCAUUGAUUAGCCAGUAUGCAGACUCAAAGAUAAGGUCAGAAGUUCAGCCGAUUCUUGACGAAAAAGUUCCUCCUAAGCUCAAACCGGUCAGCUUGCACCAAUUGGAUUUCGGAUCAAUCGCUCCACUAGUGGGCUCCAUUCAAGUAUACGACGAAGAGUUCACCAAAAGAGAUGAAAUCAUUAUGGAUAUGGAGCUUUACUAUGCCGGGAACUCUAAUUUUUCUGUCACGGUGAAAGAUCACGUCGCUGCUAAACUAUCAGAUGUCCAGUUUUUUGGUCACUCGAGAUUGGUUCUCUCGCCUCUGUCAAAACAGAUGCCUCUAAUCGACGCUAUUCAGUUUUACUUUACCAGAGCUCCUCAGAUAUUUUGGCGUGGCAAAAAGUUGCUCUAUUUACUGGAAUUUCCAAAAGUAAAUGACAUGAUAAUGGAACAAGUUUUAGACCAGAUGGCGAAAUUUGUCAUAUUUCCGAAUGCAUUCUGCAAGCAACUGCGGGAUAAAUCAAAAGAUAAGUUUACUAUUCAGUCUCCGAUUGCGGAUGGUGUUCUGAGAAUAGCGGUACGAGGUGCUCGAAACCUAGCCAACAAAGAUACAUUUGGAAAGUCAGACCCUUAUUGUGUCACUGUUGUGGGGUCAACAUCGUUCAAGACGAAAGUGGUCGAAGACAACUUAAACCCUGUGUGGAACGAGUUCUAUGAGCUUCCGAUCUAUAAUCCUGCGGGCAUGAGCGUCGAUUUUUUUCUGUUUGACGAGGAUGUGAACAACGACGAAAGUCUAGGCGGACUCAGCAUCCCGUUGACGCAAAUUAAGAAGGAGGGUUUUAUAGACACCUCAGGGCGUCUUGUGGACACCAAAAAGGGCGAGAUUCAGGUCCAACUUCAGUACUGCCACCUUGUGCCGAAAAUUGACGAAUCGGCUGACAAAUCAGAACCUGUCAAAACCGAUGUCGUCACACUGACCGAAAAAGCUACCAGUGAAAUCACGGAAUGUUUCGGAGCUUUUCCAAGUACUGCUCAAUCUUUCAGUCAGUGUUAUGUGAACGUGUUUAUAGAUUCGGCAUCAAACUUGCCUCGAAAUCAUCCGACUGAUAUGCGGGCUUACCCCAGCCCAUAUGUGAAAAUAUCCAUUCCAGGAUAUCCAUUGGAGAAGCAGACAAAAGUUGUGAAAGAUAUGAGUAAUCCAGUCUGGGAGCAGAGUUUUGACUUUCUGGGCGACAACACAGAAGAUAAAAUCAUCAAAUUUGAAGUGUUUGAUUCUGAGAAGAACACGCAAAGUGAUGGACAAGUGCAGGCGAUGAUUGGUCAGACCCAAUCAAUGCUGGGCCAUGUAGGACUUGGACAUACUACCCAUCGUGUCAUUGGAAGUGUCAAAGUUCCACUGCGAGACGUUAUGAAAAGUCCGAACCUAACCCUUGAAUCGCCAUUCACAAUUCUGAGCUCCUCUGACUCUCAGAUUUUAGUGAAGAUAACAGCUAAGUUCCUUCUGAAAGGUGACCCGAAUUACAGUUCGGGGAAAGAUCUAGACGAUGGUGAGGAUUUCCAGGAUUCGCAUGGAAAAGAUGGUGGAACCAAUGAACCUGGAAAUGCGUUCCGACCUGAUUACGACGGAACUUAUGACGACAGCUCACCAGGUAGUAAAGGACCUGACAGUGGUGAUUACGGAAAAGGGUUCCAAGGAGCAGUGGAGAAUAAUAAUAAUUAUUAUGGAACUCUUGAUAGAAAAAAUUCAGGUAGGAUGUCGAAGAAAGCGACUAGUAUCCGAUCGAUGGCAGACGCGAUCCCAGUAGCCAAGUUGUUCCUCAAGAUUCGAUAUGCGCGGGAGUUCAGCCGUCUUAUUGUCCAAGUAGACAAGGCAGAAGGACUGUUCGCAUCUAAGCUGCUACCGUACGUGGAAGUUAAACUGAAACCAGACGAAAUAAAAAAGCAAACAGACUUCGUGAAAACCCUUUCGUCACAGCAAGGAUCAGUUCCCAGUCUGCAAAUCAGUCAGGAAAUUGUCCAGUGGAACAAAGUGUUGGAGUUCAUAGUACCCCAGCACGAUCUGAGCAAUAAAAUUCUGCAAGCAAAAGUCAAAAACCACGCGACAUUUCCGAGGAGCGACACGUGUUUCGGCUAUGUUUCGAUCCCGCUUUAUACGAUGCCUCUCGAAGCUCCGUUUCAGUCGUGGUUUCUCGUGACUCCUAAACCGCAGCCGACGCCUUUGUACUGAAAAAUCUCAGGAGUUCUAAAGCUAAAAACUUUAUCGAAACCAUUAAAAACCUCUGGCCAUUUAAAAAAAACUUAUAUAAAAAACUCUUACAUCUUGCCUUAAAAAUGUAAACCAGGUUUGGUCAAAAUUUGACGUGCUUAAAGCAUCCAGGUCACAAUCUAUCGCUUCUAUCGUGCCUUUUGUACAGAAAUAUUUUAGUUUUGAUUAGUUUGUAAAUAUAUUUUUUUCUUUGCACUAAUGGAGGUAAUAAAUUACCCUCAGUAAAUUAGUAAUUGAGAAUUAUAAUGAGCUUGCCACAAACGAUAUAAAUCCAUCAUUUUGAAAAUGAGAUUUUAAAUCUGUCUUCGUUAAUUCAACUGAAAUAUGACUCAGAAA